AUGACAAGUCCAUUGAAGCGUAAGGCUGAGAACCCUGCCUCGCCUUCAAAAUCCAAAAAGCAAAAGACAGUAGUGCCAGAAUACCACCUUGCGCUUUCGAGACGUGAUGAAUCGGGGGAAAUCGUCUGGCCAGCUCCAAAAGAGCAAAUUCAACGUGCUAGAGAAACCAUUGAAGAAUGUGCCAAAGCGCAGAAGUCUACGGUUAUUCUUCCAGACAAAGAUGCGGACGGCUUGUCAUCUGGCGCAAUCCUGCACCACACUCUCACCUCUCUUGGGCUAUCGCCUGAUCUGAUAUCGGUGUACUUCCCACCGAAAGGAUCCAACGUUCAUGACCAAAGCACCCAAGACGCUAUAUCUGCCAAGUCGCCAGCAUACGUCUUCGUCCUAGACCAAGGGAGUAGGAAAAGCCCUCCCCUCACGCACUUACCACAUACUUGUCUCGUUCUAGACCACCACUUCGCAGAAGAAGGUGGCUUUCCAGAAGGAGCCGAGUAUGUCACUGCUCACGACUGUCCACCUGUAGCAACCAGUGCGCUCUUAACGCACCACAUCUGUCUUCCAUUACACCCCGAUAUAAGCGACAAGAUAUCAUGGCUCGCUGCACUCGGCACACACGGUGACCUUGGAACCACAAUAAAAUGGGAACCGCCCUUCCCAGACAUGACAGCAACAUUCAAGCAAUCCUCCAAAAAAGCCAUCAACGACGCCGUAGCCCUAGUCAACGCGCCCAGAAGAUCAGCCGCCUACAACGUCGAAGCCGCUUGGGAUGUAGUCAUAGCCGCAACGGGGCCCGAAUCGGUUAGGAAGAACGAAACACUACUCGACGCAGCGUAUGAAGUGCGCGGCGAAACCGAGCGCUGCGCUCACACACCGCCGAAGUUCUCGGCCGAUGGGACUAUUGCCGUACUUACCAUCUCGUCCGCGGCCCAAAUACAUCCCGUUAUUGCGACACGCUGGGCGGGCCACUUGAAGUCUAAUAAACUGGAGAUCGUCAUGUGCGCAAACGAAGGCUAUCUUCCUGAUAAAGUGAACUUCUCAUGCCGCGUGGCUAGGGUCGCAAGAGCACGAGAGGGCGAAGAGAAGGUUGAUAUAAUCAAGAAGCUUGAGAGCAUAGCGCAAGAGGACAAGGGUUUGCGGGAGAGACUGGGCGAGAGUUUUGCUAGGGGACAUAAAGAGGCUAGUGGCGGUAUCGUGGGAAAACAAGAGUGGGAGGAGUUUAAGAAGCUGAUGGGGGUGGGAGAAAGUACAAAGACCAAGACAGAGGCAAGUGCGAAGAAGGACAAACAGCCGGCACAGAAAAACACGUUGACGAACUAUUUUGUGAAGGCAUAG